AUGUUUCGCAACAAGAUCUUCAUCGUUGGCCAUGCCAAUGUAGGAAAGUUGGAAUUCGUCAAAGGUGCUUUUAAGUCUUCCGAAACCGAAUUUCCUGAAUCACUUGUUGAAGAUCAGCUUAAAGAGCUGAAUGGCUCUCAUGCUGGAUUGCGUAUUCCUUGGACGAUUGACACAAAGUAUUAUACAGCUAAUGUCGAUUUUUGGCUGGAUGAAAUUGCCCCAGACACUAUCGAGAAAGAUAUCAAGGCAUACACAGAACAAUCCCAUGGUAUCACCGAAGCUAUUGAUGCGUUUGUUUAUGUAUUUCGUAAAGACAAGCCAGAAACGUUUUCCUCGCUGCGCUCAUGGCUUCCCUUCCUUGAGAAAUGCGAUCCGUCCAUUCGCUUGUGCGUCGGAAAGACUGAAAAAAAUGCCCAAAAAACAAACUCGAAAGAAACAAUAGACUAUGAAGAAUGGUGCCUAGACAACGAGUUUGAAUACAUCGAUCUUGACGAAACUACAGAAGACCCGCUAGAUAAAGCAGGCGUGGAAUUGGCCGUUGAGGUCUUGAAGACAAAUAUGUGGGAUGGAUCAACUCACAAAGACACAGUUGGUCAGAAGCCUCAUAAACCAGAGUAUAAAGAUGAUAAUGCAUUAGAUGAAGAUGACGAUGAAGAAGAGUUCUAUCGAGAGCUUCAAAAAUUGAAUAUCAAACACGACCGUCAUGACCAAUCUGAUGAGACCAACGAUGAUCUAGGUCUUCCAAACCAGGAUGAGAUAAAUAUGAUGAAAAACCAAUUGUUCGGAGACUUGGACGGCGAAGAUGGCCUCGACAAGGCGUUUGAGACAUUGAAUGCAAUGAGAGAAAAGGGAAAGGAUCUUCCUGAUGCAGAGCGCCGAAAGCUUGCGGCUCAGGUGGCACUCUCAUUUGCUGCCCAGUUGGGAGUCUAA